CUCAAUACUCAAUUUGUACACACCUGAGUAGAGGAAAUUAUUGGGUUUGGAAAGCGGACACAGCUUACCGUUCAUAGAAGAAUCAGGUGCAGCCACGUUAUCUAGUACCGAGUAGUGCCUAGCUCGGUAUCGAGCAGUAGGUUGAUACUGCUCAAUGUUGAGCUCAAUUCCGAGCAGAGAAUGAUGUGACGUAUUUUCAUUAAGUUCUGGAGGUGUGCGUUGUACGAACCCAAUAAUUUUCCCCUGAAGCAGCACUCAUCUGCCACGGUAAUCAUUACGAGGAACCAACAUUUCAGAAUUGAGAACAUUUGACUUCAAAAGGUUGAAUAAGCCUAAUUAUUUCUCCGUCAUGGGUCUUCGUGUAAAUUACGGAGUUUACAGCGAACACCGUAACAAAAAUGGCAUGUUCCCUUAUUUAAACGUAAAUAAAUCCCCAUUUUCCAAUGGAUGCCUUCUUAAAGUCGAAACCACGGCAAAAUUAGCAAACAAAUCCAACAGACGCCUUCUUCAACGCUUCAAAGAUUGAUUACCCAAUCAAAGAAUUUUUCAAUCGCCGACCAAAACCCUUGAUUUCCCUCCAAAUCUCAUCAAUGGCGGAAACAAGGGAGUGAUGAGGUGCAAAAUCCACCUUUCGGAUACCGGCUCCGGUGUAUGCGCGGCGUGCCUCCGAGAACGCCUCACAACUCUCUCCGCCGCCGUUGCUAACGCCGGUGAUGCCGAUUAUUCGCCGGAGAGCCGACGCAAUCUCGGUCGAUCAGCUACCCCCAAUUCCUUCGGCCUCCGGCCCGCCGACACCGACUCGGAGAGAAACCACGUCAGGAGGUUUUCCUUUAUAUCAUUUCUGUUAGCUCAGUCGAAGCAAAGGGAGACGAAUUCCGAUUCGGAGGCCGCGAAGCCGUCGAGGACGAGAAAAUGGCUUUCGUCAAUGAUUCGAAGGCGGAGGGUACAGAAGACGAAGAAAAGGACGCCGCCACGGUUUGCGACGGGGGAGUGGGUGAGCGACCGUGGGAUGUCACCGGCGGAGAAAGAAGAGUCGACGGACUUCGAAUCCGACAGCGGAUACCAUACGGAUCCAUUGCCGAUGAGGCAGCCGGAGACGAACCAUUACUGCGGGCGUCAACGAAACAGAAAUUGUAGAUUGACGGGUUUCUCGCUGUGUUUUAGCCCUUUGAUGAGGCCCAGCCCUGGUAAGCGGAAGAAUCAGGCGCCGUCGGAAAUCGGCUUUUCCGGCGAGCUCCGGGGAGGUUUUAAUAAUCAACGCAAUCGGUUUGGUGGUGCUUCUGCCGGCGGAAACCCCGUUCUCGGACCGAAUAGGUCGAGGAAGAUUGCUGAUUUUGGUAAGUUCCGGUGACUGUUUCCCCGGAUGCUGAGGGCCGGGGAUGUCUUGUGUAUUUCGUCCAUGUCUUCUGCUCUGGUUUUUGAAAAAUUUCUCAUCAAAUUUUUUAUUAGGGUAUUUAA